AUGGAUUCAAGGGCCGAAGAGUUACUCACAGGUAUCCAAGGAGAUGCUAGUACAUACGAUGAUGUCCCAGCAGGUGCAUCAUGUCGUAUUUGUAGAGGAGAACACACAACAGAGAAUCCUCUGUUUCAUCCCUGCAAGUGCAAGGGGUCGAUCAAAUACAUACACGAAUCAUGCUUAAUGGAAUGGAUUGCUUCCAAGAAUAUUGACAUAACUAAAUCAGGUACCGUUGUGAAUUGUGACAUAUGUCAUUACCCUAUCAACUUCAAGACCAAAUACGCAGAAAACAUGCCAGAGAGGAUACCAAUGUCAUUGCUCUUGAAGAGAAGUUGUAUCUCACAUUUUUUUCGGUUAAAAGAGAUUAUUACGAUAGUACUGGCUGCUGUCUUGUUCCUGAUCGGUGUUCCCUUGACCUGGAAUUUUUUUGGUAAACUGUAUACUUUUAUUCUCGACAGAGAACUACCUUACAGGGAUGACUUCCUAAAGAGUAUAAUAUUCGGGUUUAGUUCUGCGCCAAUUAAAGAAGACAUAGAGUCCAGUAAUAUACUGCUCCAAAUGGUUUUGAAUUAUAGGUUCUCAAUAUUGCAGAUAAUCAUGGUAGUUAUUUUGCAUAUUAGUCUCUAUUUCCAGUAUGACAUGAUUGUUAGAGAAAGUGUUUUCAGCAAGAUGGUGUUUCACAAAAUUGGGCCUCAAUACACAAAGGAAGAGUUGAUUAAGAUUCAGUUGAAGGAAAGGUUCCCCAUGAUGGAUGAUGAAACGAUAGAAAACGUCGCCAAGAUUAUGAAGGGAAGAGAGGAAAUAAGGAAUUUAGCGCAGCAGGAGAAUAACCAUAAUAAUAACCCAGAUAAUGCAGACAAUGAGGAAGAAAGCGACGAUGAACAAGAAAAUGCGAAUCAGAAUGAAGAGCAGCCUGGUACUGAGAAUACAAAUGCAUUUGCUGAUGAAGCUGUAAAUGAAUCGCAACAUGAAAGCAAUGCUGGUUUGGAUUCUAGUUCUAUUUUGGCGGAACAAGAUUCUGCAACUGAGUCAGAAUCUGAAAGUGAGGUUGAAGAGCAAAUAGAGGAUAUUCGACCUCUUGAUGCAUUUGUACAUCACAGGGCACAAAAUGAGCUUGAUGAGUUAUUAGAUCAAAACUUACAAGCUGCUGCUGAUCAUCCAGCUGCAGGUCCAGAACAUAUUCCUGUACAGCCAGCUGCUCAAGUAUUGCCACAAGCUCCGGAACCAAUACCAGCCCCUCGGAUUGUGGACGAAGAGAUCGUCAAUGAUAUUGGAGACGCUAAUAAUCAAAUUCCGCAAGCACCUAUAAUUAUAAAUUUGAAAUUGAAACUAAUGAAUGUUAUUGCGUAUUAUAUUAUUGCUGUGGUAUUGAUUGCGGUUUAUCUAUCCGCAUCAUAUCUUCUACCAACUUUCACUGGGUUCGGUUUGUUGAAAUGCUAUGCUGGAUUAGUCAAAAUAUUACUUAGCGGGCUCUUUCAGCUUUGCUAUUUAUUGCAUUUGCCUCGAUUCUAUGCAACUUCACUGACAAAAAUUCCACAAAUGAAUGUUCUUGAUAGCAUGGUAAAGGAAAACAUCAUUGCAUCAUGUGUGAAAAUUUAUCAGUCAUAUAACACCAAUGCCAUGAAAUCAUCAGUAAUAUUAAGAAGUGUGCCAGCACUGGUAUCUUAUACCACAACAAUUUCACUGAUCAACAUCUCAUCCGAAUUAAUAUGCAAGGGAUUUGGCCGCGAGAAUGGAAUGAAAAAUCGUUCUAGAAGAUUUAUUUUUCAGAUUUUGUUCGCUAUCAAAUGCACUUUUAAAGUAUUCAUUCUGUUUUUCAUUGAAUUAGCUGCCUUCCCUGUUUUAACAGGACUUAUGCUUGAUUUCUCAUUGUUUUGUCCUAUAUUGAGACCUGGCGAAAUUUUUUGGGCUCCACGGCUCUGUGAAGACUGGCCACCUUCUAUUUUCUUCCUCUAUUGGGGUGUCGGAACUUUGUAUAUGUACUGGUUUGCGAGAUAUAUUGGAAUGAUUAGGAAGCAUAUUAUCCGUCCAGGUGUUCUCUUUUUUAUCAGAUCUCCCGAUGACCCAAAUAUUAAAAUCUUACAUGACAGUUUAAUCCACCCUAUGAGCAUACAGAUAUCAAGAUUAUGUUUAUCAAUGUUCAUCUAUGCGGUUUUCAUAAUCGUCGGGUUUGGAUUCCAUACAAGGUUCUUAUUUCCUGUAUUGAUGAAGUCCAAGAUGCUGACCAUUCAAAAUGGCUUUCUCCAUCAUUUUGGUGUGGACUCAAUGAACCCAAAAUGGGAAAUUUCUGUUUAUCCAUGGCCAUUUUAUAUUGCGAAACAAGUGAUUGAAUCAACUUCAAGUGUCAAAUUAUACAUCAGGAAAUACUGGACACGCGUCUUUGAUGUAUCUUCGAGAAAGCUGAGAUUGUCAUCAUUCAUGUUGAACAACGACAUUCCUACCGAAAGAGGUUGUAUUUUAUAUAGAAAUUGGUUUUACAGGUCUUUCGCGAGAAGAAAGGCACAAUGGUCCAAUUCAGAACUCUACACUUCACCAAAAACUGCAAGCCGCGCAGCUCAAUUGUUUAAGGAAAACAAAGCAGUUCAUGCAUACUUUAUCCCAGAUGGGAUACUGAUGCGUGUCCCUUCUUCUGACAUAAUAUCUAGAACUUAUGUCCAAACAUUGUUUGUUCCCGUCACGAAAGAUGACAAACUGCUAAAACCAUUAGAUUUACAAGCCAUUGAGGAAAAAAACACAAGAAAUGCCGGUGAAUUUGGCUAUUUGGAUGAACAAAAUACAGAAUAUGAUGGUUACUCCAUUGUAUACACUCCGCCUAAUUUCCGGUCAAGGUACAUUCUAUUGCUUGUAUUUGUAUGGCUAUUUGCAUCUUUACUGGUGCUCACUACUACGUUUGCCUCGCAGUUUACAUUCACUUUAAUUGCGGCCAUACUCGUUUUCCCGGCAUACAUUUUCGCUUACGUUUUAGCUAACGUUUUCCUGGUCAAAUCUCCUUCAAAAAAACAUUACGAGGUGUUCUACAAUGGUUACAUUACUGUGAUUAGAUCUAAUUUUCAACAUCUAGACAUAUUUUUUGUUUGCUUUGGGGCAAUAGCGCUCGCUUUGAUGCUAGAAAGAUAUCAUCAGCUCUCAAUGUCAAGAAUCAAACUGGAGGAACAUAUAGUACCUGUGGCAAUUGAUGGUGAAGAGUUUGAAGUAGAAAACCUGCACAAUGAGCGCGUUGACAAUCAUAGUGAGAAUCAAAUUGAAAGUUGGGGCACAAUUCUCAAACAUGUCUUGAAUAGAGAUGAAAUCAAAGUGGUUCUCUAUCUAACCAUCAUGGUCAUCAUGGUCUGGCUCAACAGUUUAGGAGUAAUCGUGAACAUGGAACAAUUGUACUUUAUACAGGGCUAUUUUUUUCACGAUACUUUCAAAGGGUACAGAGGCGUGUUCAAUGGAUUUUGGAAUCCCAGCUCACUUCAAACUAAUGCGUGUUUCACACUGCUUAGUAUCCAUUUCAUUUACACACAGGGCCUAAAUUUUGCUGCAAACAGGAACCGUUCCUUUUUUCCACUUUUUAGGUAUUUACUGAAGGAAUCUCUUAGAAAAUUGAAAUUCAUGCUGUAUACAACUAUGCCAAUAAUAGUCUCCUGGCUGGCCUGCUCUACUUUGGAGUAUCUCUUUCAUCGAGAAAGGUAUACUACUUUUGGGGCUCCUCUGGUAUUUUUGUGGCGUUACAGAUUAAAAUCGGAAUUCGAUCAUAUUGAGUGGACUUUUCCGCAACAUUUGUGUUACUUAUCUGUAACAGCCAUUUUGGCUACUUUUGCUAUUUCUCACCUGGUCAAAUUCGUUAAGAAAUGGUUCGGAGAUGCCACUCAAAAUGUAAAGGAUGAAGUAUACGCCCAGGGAAGAUCCCUUGAAAAUUUCACAAAUGAUAAUUUUUGA